AUGCAGAGCAGCGAGAUAGAAUGGGAGAAGAAAGUACCAAAGGUACUCUGGCGAGGAGCUGUCAAGACAAACAAGGAAGUAAGAGGUGCGUUGAUGAGAGUUACAGAAGGGAAGUCAUGGGCAGAUGUAGAUCAAGUGAUCUGGAAGAGUAGGACGGAUGUGACAGCGGGAAGUGCUGCGUUGCCGAUUGUGGACCACUGCAACUACCAGUUCCUUGUGCACACUGAAGGACGCAGCUACUCAGGCAGAGGGAAAUACCUUCUCAACUGCGCGUCGAUCAUGAUAACACAUAAAGCUGAAUGGAUUGAGCCUCAUUCCCACCUCUAUAUUCCCACCGGACCGAACCAAAACGUUGUAGAAGUAGAGCGCGAUUUCUCCGACCUCGAAGCAAAAGUACAAGAGCUCUUGCGGGAUCCAGAGCGUGCGAAAACUAUUGUAAAGAAUAGUCUAGCAACGUUUCGGGAUAGAUAUCUCACACCCACUGCAGAAGCAUGUUAUUGGAGGGAGCUCUUCUUAUCGUGGGCAGAUGUAAGUUUCCAGCCAGAUCCUUGGGAAAUUGAUGAAGAUGGGAUUGAGAAGAUAAGGGGAGUGCCUUUUGAGACAUUUGUAGCCAAGAGCGUGCUGGAUGUCUAUAUAGGCGCAGUACGUCGCCGUGUUUACAACAUGUCAUCUGAACCCACUGAGCAGGACAUCUAUCAUGCGGACCGAGAUGCAUCAAAGCGAGUCUCCAGGUUCACGCGAUGGUAUAGAAGCCCGUUAUUCAAUGUCAUCGUUGUGGGUAUGAUCAGCUUUACACAACCAGGUAUAUGGAACGCUCUCAACAACGUUGGUGCAGGUGGUCAGCAAGAGCCGUAUCUGGUUAAUGGUGCCAAUUCUCUGACAUUCGGGAUAAUGGUCUUUGGUUGCUCUCUCUUCGCCAUACUUGCCAACAAGUUCGGCUUGAAGAGUAUACUUCUUCUAGGGACUCUCGGGUACGCACCCUACUCUGCGUCGCUAUACGUGAACAACCGCUACGGAGUGGAAUGGUUCGUACUGCUUGGUGGUGCAACAUGCGGCAUCGCAGCGUCCGCACUCUGGGCUUCGGAGGGCGCUAUCGCGCUAGGUUACGCCGACGUACACAACCGAGGGAAGUUCACCGGCAUCUGGCUGGGCUUGCGAGAGCUCGGCCAGCUCAUCGGUUCCUCGAUACAGCUCUCUCUCAAUUACAAGAGUGGAGAGCGUGGAAAAGUAGGGUACACGACCUACAUUGUCUUGAUUGCACUCCAAUGUCUCGGCCUUCCACUAGCCCUCCUUGUGUCGCCACCUCAUAAAGUUUAUCAUCGCGACGGUCGCAAAGUCCCGGACCCGACGAAGAACAAAGCUGUUCUGAAAGAGGUGCAAAGAUGGUGGGCACUACUUCGUGAUAGGCGUUUCUUCUUACUUGUACCUGUCAUGAUCGGAUUCAACUGGAAUAACACGUACCAAGGCAUUUAUCUUACCAAGUACUUCUCAGUCCGUGCGAGGACGUUAGGGUCCUUGACUUCCGGUGUUGCAGCGACAUUCGCCAACAUCUUCUGGGGCUGGUUCUACGAUACCAAGUUCGUAAGCCGACCGACGCUCGCGAAGGUUACGUGGGGCAUCUUCUCAUUGCUCAUGCUGGGCCUGUUUGGCUGGCAAGUCGCCAACGAGAAAAUGUAUGCCGGCUCAAAGGUGACACUCGACUGGGAUCUCUCAGGCUUUGGACGUGGGUUCGCUGUCAAUGUACUCUUUCGCUUUAUGAAUGAGUCCCAUUACAUGUUCGUCUAUUGGAUUCUGGGAGCUUUCUUCGACGACAUUGAAACUCUAACUCUUGCGGUCGGCUUAUUACGCUCGUUCGAGUCGGUUGGAUCCUGCUUGGCUUUUGGUAUCGGGGCCGCUAAGAUCGAGCCCAUGGCAAAUCUCAUCGUUGCUUUCGUGAUGAAGAUGACGCGGAACCCACCGAGCCUUCGCAAAGCGGCUUCAAACGCUGACCUGUACGCGGACCCGUCACCGCCCCGCCCACUCCGACAUUCGUCCUCGACAACACUUGGACGCGCUCAUACGACUGCAUCGUUGCCACAUCGACAGCAGCUGGACCGAGCUGCAGAAAGAGGAUGGAGGAGUCAGGUUGUUUCUGACUACCGUAACCGUCACAGCAUCGCCGCAACCUACCCCGAUCUCAUUGACGUUGACGACCAAGACUACCCGGCGCCGUCGACACACCAGAACCCGCCGCCUGUUCCGCCCAAGAUACCAGAAGUGCCAGUUGAGCAAGCUGAACCGAAGGUUGAGAUGUCCAAGCCGACACCUUCGCACUGCUGGAUUCCCGUUCCCGCUCGAUCGAAGGAGGAUCCAGCGCGCUACACGAAGCCCUUUACCGACUACAUGACACGCAACCCCACCAUCUUCCACGCCGUCGAUGCCGUCGCUCAGGACCUCGACAAGGACGGAUACAAGAAGUUGUCAGAGCGCGAUUCAUGGGAGCUGAAGGCGGGAGGCAAAUACUAUGUCGAGCGAAAUGGAAGUUCACUCAUCGCAUUUGCUAUUGGAGACAAGUACGCGUCCGGCAAUGGAGCUGCUAUUCUGGCCGGACAUAUAGACGCCCUCACAGCGAAGCUGAAGCCCAUCUCCAAGCUUCGCAACAAGUCGGGAUAUGUACAGCUAGGUGUCGCGCCUUAUGCUGGCGCGCUAAGCGAUACCUGGUGGGAUCGCGAUCUGGGUAUCGGUGGAAGAGUUCUCGUCAAGGAGAAUGGAAAGAUUGUCACCAAGCUUGUUAAGCUUGACUGGCCGAUCGCAAGAAUCCCGACGCUGGCUCCCCACUUCGGUGCUGCCGCGAAUGGCCCCUUCAAUAAGGAAACGCAAAUGGUACCUAUCAUGGGUUUGGAUAACAGCGAUUUGGGUAGCUCAUCAAACAACGAGGCGGGAGACUCCAAAGCCGGUGUAUUGGGCGGAGAGGGCGCCUUUACUGCUACUCAGCCUGAGAGGCUUGUAAAGGUCAUCACAAGCGAACUCGGAAUCACUGACUAUUCAUCCAUUAUCAACUGGGAGCUCGAGCUCUUCGACACACAACCCGCACAAACCGGUGGCCUUGACCGCGAGUUCAUCUUUGCCGGCCGAAUCGACGACAAGCUUUGCUCUUGGGCCGCAAUCCAAGCUCUCCUCAACUCCAGCGCAUCUCUUUCAACCUCAUCCCAGAUCCGCAUGGUUGCAGUCUUCGACGACGAAGAAGUCGGCUCGCUACUCCGACAAGGUGCUCACGGCAACUUCCUCCCUAGUGUCAUGGAGCGCAUCGUUGAAGAAUUUGCUUCCAACGGAAAGACAAGCAGCGCAUUGAGCAGGACAUAUGCAAACUCCUUCCUUGUCUCGAGCGACGUCAUCCACGCUGUGAACCCCAACUUCCUUAACGCGUACCUUGAAAACCACUCUCCGCGUCUCAACGUCGGUCCCGCCAUCUCUGCGGAUUCAAAUGCACACAUGACGACUGACGCCGUCUCUACUGCUAUCUUGCAGCGCUGCGUAGACCGCGAUAUCGGCGUUCGCAAAGUCGACCCUAAACUCCAGGUCUUCCAGAUUCGGAAUGACAGUAGAAGUGGAGGUACAGUAGGACCGAUGCUGAGCUCUGCGACGGGUAUUAGGGCAGUAGACUGCGGCAUCCCGCAGUUAAGUAUGCACUCCAUCAGGGCAACUACAGGAAGUCUGGAUCCUGGUCUUGGUGUGUUUGCCUUCCAGAGUUUCUUGGAAAACUUUGAGUCUGUCGAUAAGGAAUUCAGGGAAUAG